AAAUUCAUACCACCAAACCAAGUUAGCAAUGGAGAGUCCAUUGAACACCACCAUUGGUGCUCGUAUGAGUGCCUACUUAGUGACAUCUGAAGAUUUCCGCAAACAAAGAAAGAGAGUUAAUAGAAGAUUGUAUAAGUUACGUCAUGAAUUAGGGUUAAUCACUCGUGAUACCAAGAACUACAAGACUAAGGAGAAGAUCACUAAAAUUAGUCAAGAUGAUUAUAAAAAUGAUGAUAACUUUGGGUUAGUUUCUUUGUUGACAGCUGAACGUGAUAUUUUGUAUGCUCUUGAAAUUAAGAGUUUGUUGGAUAUCAGUAGCAAUGAGAAUGAAAAAGCAGGUAAGUAUAAGACCUUAAUGGUUUCAAAAGUGAAAAGAGCUUUACAACAUGCUCAUAAAGUGUUGGAAUUGAGUAGUAAUGAUGAAGAUUUUGUCAAGGUUAUUGAAUUGUAUGUUUAUACUGCAUUGAUUCAAGGACAAUUGAAUAUUAUCAAGAAACAAUGGGACAAGGCAUUGAACACAUUUUCAAUCGCAAAAUGUGCUUUGGAUUACUUAUAUGUUCAAUAUGGUCAAGAUGAAAGUGAAGAAAAGCAAUUCAGCAAGACCUUGAUCAAUGAAUUAAUUGAUAAUUUGGUUGAUCCUUCUUUAAAUUUGGCAAUCUCUCAGGCUGAUAUUGAAUUAGUCAGUGACUUAAAGACAAUUUCCAGGAAAUAUUGUCAUGAAGAGAAGGUACCAGUAUUGACUAAUGUUAUUAAGUUAAUUGAAUCUAAAGAUCCGGAAUUUGUAUCCGAUAUUCUGUCUUCUGUUACUUUGAUUAAGGAAAUUAACUGGAGAAAUCAUCAAGCCCAAAUUUACAAUGAUGAAAUUGCAUUCAAAAUUAUGAAAUUGACCGAGAACAAGGACUGGGCUGGAUUCAUUGACCCUAAUCAAUUCGAUACUGUUAUUACCGGUUGGACUGAUGUUUUGGAAUUACAUAAAUUAGAUACAGAAAAGAAUCAGCAAGAUGAUGAUUUUGAACAAGUUCAACAUAGAGCUAUCUUCUUGACAUUUAUAAAUUAUAAUUUGUUAUUCACUAGAUUGAAACGAGAUUUAUUAUUGAUUGAUAAAUUACAAUCAAACAAAAGUAUUGAGAAGAACCGUGAUGUGGUUAGAUUAUAUAACAGUAUCAUUCAAAUUGUGGGUGAAAUUAAAGAGCUUCCUGGUGUUUUCAAUGAUGAAGAUUUGAGUUAUUCUUUAGAAAAUUUGGAAAAGUUGUUUGAUACCAGAAAGAAUGUUGUUCUCGCUGAAACCUAUCAAUACCGUGAAUUGUUCAAAGAAGCAUUAUCAAUUUAUAAUCACAUCAAUGAGAACUUGACUUCUGAGGAGCAGUUUUACAAGGUUGAUUUCCCAUUCAAUAUAAGUACAAAUGAAGAGAUUGCCCAAUUGAAACAAGAAUUACAAACUAAAACCUUACAAUCCCAUAUCAGUGCCCAAUUUUCGAACUCAAGAAGAAUAUCUUCGAAAUAUGUUGUUGAAAACAUAAACAAAUUCCCAGCUACAAGCGAACUUGAUGAUAUUAUUAAUUUACAAGGUAAAAUCCAACCAAUCUUGUCUAAACCAGUGUUGUUUGAUAUUGGAUUCAAUUACAUUUCUUAUGAUUUGAAGAAAGGUGACUUAUUAGCUAUAAAUCCUAGUACUAGCGAAUUGCCACAGCAAAAAUCUGACCAAACACAACCAGAAAAGAAGCGCGGUGGGUUCUUUGGGGGAAUAUUUGGUCGUAGUUAGAGCGUAUAGUGGAAUAGUAGUGUGCAUAUAGUGACACAUAUUGUGACGUAAUAAAAAAUAUAACGAAGACGUGUUC